AUGGAUUGGUACGACAUCCAACAUGUCACUCAAAAGGCUAUCAAAGGGAGUGUUUUGUUCGACUAUCUUGCACAUCAACCAUUGGAGGACUACCAGUCUAUGCACUUUGAGUUCCCGAACGUGGACAUCAUGCUGAUAAGAGACUACAACAUGCCCGACCCCGAGGAAAUACCAGAACCUGGAUCUCGGUGGAGUCUUGUAUUUGAUGGAGGUUCUAACACUUACGACAAUGGUAUCAGGGAAAUCAUCACCUUCCCAACUGGUUUUCAUUUACCUGUCACUGCAAGGUUGUGUUUCAAAUGUACCAACAAUAUGGCAGAAUAUGAGGCUUGUAUCUUCGGUAUUGAAGCUGCGAUUGAUCUUAGGAUCAAAAUUCUAGAAGUCUAUGGAGAUUUAGCCUUGGUCAUUAACCAAGUUAAAGGAGAGCGGGAAGCUCGAGAUUACAAGCUCAUCCCUUACAAAGAAAAUGUCUUGAAGCUAAUCCCAUGCUUUGACGAGAUUGCGUUCAACCAUAUCCCCAUAGAGGAAAAUCAGCUGGUCGAUUCCCUGGCCACUUUAUCAUCCAUGUUUAAGGUCAAAUGGAAAAAUGAAGCACCGAAUUUUCACCUUGACUACUUGGACGAGCAUGCCUACAGUUUGGCAGCCGAAGACAAAGUUGAUGGUCAUCCUUGGUUUUACGACAUCAUGAAGUUCUUUGAAAUCCAGGAGUACCCUGAGAACGCAUCCAUCACCUAUAAGAAGUGUCUUCGGAAGCUAUCAUCCAAGUUCUUCUUAAGCGGAUGGGUAUUUUAUAAGAGGAAUUACGAUUCGGUUUUUCUUAGAUGUGUGAACAAGCAAGAAGCAAACAAAAUUAUAAUGGAAAUCCAUGAGGGAUCCUUUGGGACACAUGCCGGUGGACAUACCUAG